AUGGCCGCAAAUUUAUAUUUUUUCUGUUUUGCCAACUCAAUUCAGAAGUUGCAAGAGAAUAGAUUUUGCAUCUUAUUUCAGCGGAGCCGUGAACCACCCACCACUUCACGAACUUUUCACGCGAAUAGCAGAAAGGCAGAGCUGACCCAUCCCCAUUCUUUUUAUUCGGAUUCAAUAUCCUCUGACGAAGAUCCAAACGACAAUGGAUUUCCCUGA